CACUAUCUCUCGAUAGAGUCACACGACCAUCUCCCAGUGACCAGUCAGAAUAGGAUCCUGUUGAUAUUUCUCAGUUAUGGCAGGUGUGACCUUACCAGAGCCUAUCAAGAACCCGAAGGUCAAAUACACAAAGCUUUUCAUCAACAAUGAGUAUGUGAAUUCAGUCAGUGGAAAAACUUUCCCCACCCUGAACCCAAGUACAGGCGAAAAGAUAACCAAUGUUCAGGAAGGCGACAAGGCCGACAUCGACAAGGCAGUGAAGGCCGCACAAGCUGCAUUCGAGCCUAAAUCACCAUGGCGGAUGAUGAACGCCAGCCAGCGGGGGGUUCUCCUAAACAAGCUGGCUGACUUGAUGGAACGAGACAGAGUCUACAUAUCGAGUAUAGAAACAAUGGACAAUGGAAAGCCAUUCAGGGAUAUGUAUAUGAAUGACAUGACAAUGGCUAUCAACACAAUCCGGUACUAUGCCGGCUGGACAGACAAGAUCAUGGGAAGGACGAUCCCUGUCGAUGGACCAUUCUUUUGCUACACGAGACAUGAACCAGUGGGAAUAUGCGGACAAAUAAUUCCGUGGAACUUUCCUGUUCUGAUGAUGACGUGGAAAGUAGCACCUGCUCUAGCCUGUGGUAACUGUAUCGUGCUGAAACCUGCCGAGCAAACUCCACUAACGGCCCUGUACAUGGGAUCUCUCUUUAAAGAGGCUGGUUUCCCGCCAGGAGUUGUGAAUAUAGUGGCCGGAUAUGGUCCAACUGCUGGAGCUGCCAUCUCUAGUCACCCGAAUAUCAACAAAGUAGCCUUCACAGGUUCAACAGAGGUCGGAAAACUGAUUAUGAAGGCUGCUGCCGAUUCCAAUUUGAAGAGAGUCACACUGGAGCUAGGAGGCAAAAGUCCGAACGUUAUAUUCGCAGAUGCAAACUUGGAUUUCGCAGCAGAGAUGUCCCAUCAAGCGCUGUUUUACAACCAAGGUCAGUGUUGUACGGCGGGUUCAAGAACCUACGUCCAGGAGGAGAUCUAUGAAGAUUUCAAAGACAGGCUGGUCAACAGAGCUAAAGCCCGGACAGUAGGCGAUCCUUUUAACCCUCAGUUCGAAUCCGGACCACAGAUAGAUGAAACACAAUUCAAGAAGAUCCUGUCUCUUAUCGAUACCGGGGUAAAGGAAGGUGCCAAGCUGGAAUGUGGAGGGAAGGAAAUCAAAGGCAAAGGUUACUUCAUAGAGCCAACAGUGUUCUCUGGUGUCACAGAGAGCAUGACCAUCGGCAGGGAGGAGAUCUUUGGACCAGUUCAACAGAUAAUAAAGUUUAAGGACAUGCAGGAUUUGAUCGAGAAGGCCAACAAUACAGAAUACGGACUGGCAGCUGCCAUAUUUACUAACGAUCUUGAGAAAGCAAUAACCUUCAGCAAUAAUGUCAAGGCUGGUUCAGUGUGGGUAAAUGCCUAUAAUGUUAUCUGUCCACAAAGUCCUUUUGGGGGAUUCAAAAUGUCCGGAAUAGGACGAGAACUGGGAGAAUACGGUCUUCAACAAUAUACAGAAGUCAAAACUGUUCUGAUGAAUCCGAUGACCAAACUUUAGAGCUAUCCGGAUUGUAUUCACACAGGAGCCAAACAGAAACAUAUUUAGAUAGUGUUAAUAAGUAGCUACGUAUACGUAUUGACUUUAAAAGACUGUGAUAUAGCAACGCACUUAUAAAACAAGUUUAUCAUCACUGUUCGUUCGCAAACGUAAGAAGUUUCGUUCGCCAAUCAUAAAGAAGUAGAGUAGUACUUUUAGUAGUUAUUUUAAACAUUAUUUACCAAAUUAGUGGGAAAGUACGGUAAACUUAAUCGGCAUAUCUAAAUUGCUAUAUGAUGUAGAAUAAAUGAAAUUUGCCGAUAUCAA